ACAACUGUCCACCAAAUGAAGACACUAAAAAUGUGGCAUUCCUUUCCUCACCGGAGGAAGAGGGACAGUGGUGCUGUGAGGAUUUAUCCAUGAGCAGUUCUGUGGGAUCCUCCUGUGGUUAUUUUCAUUCAGCUGACUCAUUUGUCCAGCACUGGUCUUUUAAAAAUUCAUAAAGGAUGCUUCAAAGGCAUUCAUUGUAAUGUCAUUAGUGCACAAGAAGCAGCACGGGGCAGGUAAGUGCAGCCAAUUUGGACUGGUGGAUACCAGUGGUUGCUGCUACAGUAAAAUAAGCACAACUGUGGCUUUCUAGGAAUGUGAUGGGUCUCAGCCCCACAGCAGCAGGGAUCUCUCCUGCCAGUGUUGGAGAUGCUGACAAGCUCAGGGCAACAGUGGGGUUUUGGCAAACAUGACAUUAAGUGGUUGCAUUAAGCGCACUUAAAUUAACAUUUGCUUUCUGUGGUGCUUUAAGCAGACAUUAAGGUGGAGUUGCACAUUACUGUUGAGCCAAUAUAAAGGUCAAAUCCCAUCAGAGAAGGUGGGAGCUCACACUCCCUCCUGUGGCCCCAUCUCCCUGUGCUAUCCCAGGGCCCAGCCAGCCUGCCGACCUGACAGAGAUGAGCCUGCUUUCUGUCAGCAGGGCUUUCUGCUGGUAUGGCCCUUCUCGAGGGUCUAACUCGGGGUCCAACAACUACUGAUGAUCUCUGCUGGAGGGAUGGAGCCGCCAACCACCUCAGGAUGUGCUGUGUAAAUCCUUCUGGGAGCGAACACAAGCUGACCUGCCAGUUGUUUGCUUUAGUGUUUGGAAGUUUAGCAAACAGAGUUUGAAUCUGCCUGCACAGAAAUUCCCUCCCUUUUAGUCACGGUGGGCCCAGCAGCAGGGUGUCGGGUCAGGAACCAGGACCUUUGCACAGCGAAUGUCAGUGCUUCCUUCCCCAUGCCUCACUUUUUCCUACUGUGAGAGAGAGACAGUAAUCACUUGGAAGAAUGUCACGACCUGAUUCAUCAGUGCACACAAAGCUCGGUCACAAAAAGGAAAGGGAAACCGAGAGAGGAUGAUUUGCUCCCUACGCCUCACUUGAGCAAUGGCCACCUCUCACAGAACUGAUAGAGAAUGCAGCUCCUGCAUCCAUGCUGACACUCCGUCUGAGGCUGGGGUCUGUCUCAGAGACCACACGCAGCCAGACAGAGCCGCGGGGCCUGGCUUUAGGCUGGCUGAUUAUCCUUUGAUGAACCCCAGACCUCCUUUUCCCUGCACAGUUCCCCCCAUUGGUGCAUCGCAGCCCAACUGCUGCCUGCCCGCAGCCUCGCAGACUCCUCCCAGGAAGUCCCAGCAGCAGAUGAAGCAUUCCGGGUCCAUGGAGAAGCCGGCAUUCAUGCAAGUUCAGCCCAGGCACCGGGGCCAGACUUCUGCAGCGUAAUGCAGCGUGGCCCAGCUUGACGUCUGUGCUGUGAGACAGCAGGAGCCGUGGCAUGCUCAGGAGAGCAGGACCGUUUCUGCGUCACUUCUUACUGGAGAGGAAUUGCAGCGCUGGAUAUAGUCCGUACUGCAGCGAGGCAAAAAUGUCAAGGCCAGUGCAAGCCCGGAGGCUGGAGGGAGUAGAUAAGAAUAUCUGGGUGGAGUUUGUAAAACUGGCUACCACCUACUCCACGGUGAACCUGGGCCAGGGCUUCCCUGACUUCCCACCACCAGAAUUUUUGAAGGAGGCAUUCAGCAGAGCUGUCAGCGGGGAGAAGCACAUGCUGCACCAGUACACCCGUGCCUUCGGCCACCCACCACUGGUGAAAAUCCUAGCCCAGCUUUUUGGGAAGCUGCUUGGACGAGACCUGGAUCCUAUGACCAAUGUGAUGGUGACUGUGGGGGCAUACCAGGCCCUUUUCUGCUGCUUCCAGGCUUUCAUUGAUGAAGGCGAUGAGGUGAUAAUCAUUGAGCCCUUUUUUGACUGCUAUGAGCCAAUGGUGAAAAUGGCUGGUGGGACACCUGUGUACAUCCCACUGAGACCGAAAGCUCCAAAAGAAGGAAAAUUGAUGUCGAGUGCAGAUUGGCAGCUGGACCCGGCUGAACUGGCUUCUAAAUUCAGUGAGCAGACAAAAGCCAUCGUCCUCAAUUCACCCAACAACCCGCUGGGCAAGGUGUUCAGCCGAGGGGAGCUGGAGCUCAUUGCAGACCUGUGCGUGAAGCACGACGCCCUUUGCAUCAGUGAUGAAGUGUACGAGUGGCUGGUGUACGACGGGAAGGAGCACAUCCGCAUCGCCAGUCUGCCAGGGAUGUGGGACCGCACAGUGAUCAUCGGGAGUGCUGGAAAAACCUUUAGUGUCACUGGCUGGAAGGUGGGUUGGACUGUGGGAUCCAACCGGCUGCUGCAGCACCUGCGUACCGUGCACCAGAACUCAGUGUACCACUGUGCUACAGCUGCACAGGACGCUGUGGCUCAGGGUUUCCAGAGGGAGCUUGAACACUAUGGGAAACCAGAUAGCUACUUUGUCCAGCUGCCCAGAGAGCUGCAGCAGAAGAGAGACCAGCUGGUCCAGAGCUUGGUUGCGGUGGGGAUGAAACCCAUUAUCCCCGAGGGCACCUACUUCUUGGUGGCAGAUAUCUCCGAGUUCAAAUCUGAAGUCCCUGAUGUCCCCAACUCCAAUGAGCCCUACGACUCCAGAUUUGCAAAGUGGAUGGUCAAGAACAAGGGAGUGGCAGCCAUCCCACUCUCGGCGUUCUACUGUGAGGCCCACAAGGACAACUACAACAGUUUCAUCAGGUUCUGCUUCGCCAAGGAGGAUGCCACACUGAAGGCAGCAGAUGACAUACUGCAAAAAUGGAAACUGGAGAAAACUGCUCCCUGAAGGCACUGCGGAGGGAACCAGGCUCUUCAUGGCUGCACUUCUUCCUCUUCCUUUACUUGGCUACAAACUUUGCUACAUCCUGAUUUUUGUGCUUUCAACCACAUUUUCUGUCAGACAAGUGGGUAUGAGGUCUGCCAGGCUCAGGUCUGGGGGACACAGCUUUCACUGUGAAACAAUCGCAAGCAGCGAGCCUCCA